UGCAGGCGCGGCAUGACCCUGGUCUGGCACUCUCGGGAUGCUUCUUGAGCCCCUUCGCCGGCGGUUACCUCGGAGGGACGGUUGUGGCCACACCGACAUCUAUUUUGCAAAGUAAUCAUUGUUUAUUCUUGUGGCGGCGGGGCCGAACACGCUUAUUUAUUUUUCAUUUUCUCAGCAAGCUUUUACCCAGCACUUGUCCAGCAAAACAACUCGGUAACCGUUUCGAAGGAGCACCGCCCGGUCAGGAAAUCUCCGCCCGAGCCGCUCGCGGAAGCCCGCCUUUGCAUCGUCCCUCCUUACAUGCUGUGAAGACUGUGGCUCCUCCCUGUAACCACCAGUGUGCACAGAACUCCAUUCGGGAAACGUCUUGGCCCAGCGAUGCAAAGAACCGAAGUGUCCAGGUUUUAUUUCUAUUGCUAGACGGUCGGGAUCUCCCCAACAACUCGGAGCCGCCCAGUAGUCAGCUCACGCGGACCCCCCGGUGCUCGCCCUUCUCUUCCCGCCUGUCCAAGCGCUUCGUUGAGUAAGAGGCCAUCCGAUGUCAUUGCUUCUGCAGAGCUGGAAGAGUCUCUAUUAUCCUCUAAUAAAUAGAAUUCGAGGGAGGCUGCAGCGAAUGAAGCCUAUAAAAGAGAAGGCGUGUCGAAGAUUCAGAAAAUCUGCCAAGACGAGGAGGGCGACCCAGGGGAAGCCAUCUUCAGGGCCUGUAUGCCGGCUAUGCCUCCAAGAACCUGGGGAUCCUGAAAAAUUAGGGGAAUUUCUUCAGAAAGACAAUCUCAGCGUGCACUAUUUCUGUCUUAUUCUAUCUAGCAAGCUGCCUCAGCGGGGCCAGUCUAACAGAGGUUUCCACGGAUUCCUGCCUGAAGACAUCAAAAAGGAGGCAGCCCGGGCUUCUAGGAAGAUCUGCUUUGUGUGCAAGAAAAAGGGAGCUGCCAUCAACUGCCAGAAGGAUCAUUGCGUCAGAAACUUCCAUCUCCCUUGUGGCCAAGAAAGGGGUUGCCUUUCACAAUUUUUUGGAGAGUACAAAUCAUUUUGUGAAAAACAUCGCCCAACACAGGACAUCCACCAGGGGAAUGUGGGAGAGGAAAGCUGUGUCUUGUGUUGUGAAGACUUAUCCCAAGCAAGUGUUGAAAACAUCCAGAGUCCAUGCUGUAGUCAAACUAUCUACCACCGCAAGUGCAUACAGAAAUAUGCCCACACAUCAGCAAAGCAUUUCUUCAAAUGUCCACAAUGCAACAAUAGAGAAGAGUUUCCUCAAGAAAUGCUAAGAAUGGGAAUUCACAUUCCAGACAGAGAUGCUGCCUGGGAACUCGAACCAGGGGCUUUCUCAGAGCUGUAUCAGCGCUAUCAGCAUUGUGAUGCCCCCAUCUGUCUGUAUGAACAAGGCAGAGACAACUUUGAGGACGAAGGGAGGUGGAGCCUUGUUCUAUGUGCUACAUGUGGAUCCCGUGGAACCCAUAGGGACUGCUCCUCUCUUAGAUCCAACAGUAAGAAAUGGGAGUGUGAGGAGUGUGCACCUUCGCCUAAAGUCACAGACUACAUAUCUGAAAACUCAGGUGACAUCCCCUGCUGCAGCACCUUCUACUCUGGGGGGCAUGACUGCAGAGACACCAGCCUGGAAGAGAAUUCGGGCCCUUCUUGGACUGAUUGGCCAGAACCUUCUUUAUUAGAAAAACCAGAAUCCUCUGGUGGCAGGAGGGGCCACUCCUGGUGGUCCAAGGGUGUCAAAAUCACUAAAAGCUGCAACAAAUACAAGUAACAGCUUCUAAGUAGUUGCUGCCAAGCACAUUUGGUUACAAAGCUGUGCUCCUCCACCAAGUUUGGGAAGGGAGCCCUUUGGGACUGUAAGACCAGGAAAGGGGAGCAGCAGUGAGACUAUGAACAAGGAAAGAGAAGUCCCAGAUGCCAACUGCAGAACAUGUGUAUGGCUAUGGUAGCUAGCACCUCUGCUCUUUCUGUCUGAUUCCCAGAAGGCCCUUUCUUCUCUUCUUCCACCAAGAUUGUUCCACCCUCAUCUGGUGCUCAUAUGCCUCUCUUACUUCACCCAGGUUUGUUAUGCAAAUAAAGGCUUUCUCUCCA